ACUGAUAUUGAUUCAGUAUUAAUUGUUCAAUGCUUUUAAAAAGGUGUCAAAAUGGCGGAAAAAGUGAAGAAAAGGCCUAGUUUCUUUCUUAGUUUCAAAAGGUUUAGCAGUCAUAGAGAAGACACUGGAGUUCCGGCUACUCCGGUAUCGCAGGCAGCACCACCAAUGUAUAGAUCAACAAGUCAGAUGGGAUCUCGACAAAUUAAUUCUACUACGCCAGACAAUUCGAAAUUCAGUCGGAAAUUUUCUGGUGGCAUCAAAGAUUUGAUUCAGUGCGCCCUGUGCCUGGAAAUCCUCACCAAACCUAAGAUGUUGCCGUGCCAGCAUACUUUCUGCUGUGCUUGUCUCAAAAUUUAUGUUGCAGAUCUUCCAAUAAUCAACUGUCCGAUCUGCCGUACGCGAAUACAAGUCCACAGUACAGAUUUCGUAGAAGAGCUUCCAUCUAACCUGUACAUAGAUACAUUGCUGGCCAUGGUUGGUGUUAACGAGGAUAAGAAGAAGCCAGAUACCCCUCCGUCGCCGAUGAACAACAUGCAGAGUGUGGAGCUGUUCGCUGCUGGUGUGAGGUGUUCCCAUUGUCGAUCGAUAUGCGAUGACUUGGACAUAUCCAACUGUGAACAUUGCAAAUCGAAUUUCUGCAAAGUUUGCUGGUUGCAGCAUUUGGCAGACAUGAGAACCCAGAUUGGAUCGAUUUUGAAAGAACUUGACUCUGCUGCAAGUCGACUUGAACAUAAAAUUGAACACUAUGAGGACAGAUUCGACCGUAUCAUCGAACAGAUAAACUCGACAGCGGAAGAAAAGAUCAAUGCUAUCCUCCAAGGAAAGAUGGAGUUGCUGAGAGAAGCAUCGGAGUUGCAGAAGUUGGGUGAUAUGACGGCUUUGGGAUUGAAGUCGUCUUUGGGUGAAGCUCGCGAUGUCGCUAAACGUGCUAUGAACAUGAGGGAGAAUGUUGAUGAUGAAGAGCAGGUUAUGACCUUCAUAAAUCUUCAUACAAACACAUUACAACUUCUAACCGAAGUCUCUAAAUGGGAUUCGGAGAAGUACGCCUUCGAUAAAGAGAACUUCCGCAUAGAAUCUGACUCUACAACGCCUUAUGAUGCAGAGUCAGAUGAUCCUCUACCCGAAGCUGCAAAGCAGGACGACCCUAUGGAGAGUGAAGCAAGCUUAUCUCUGCAUUAUAGAUCACGCAACUUCAUCCCGCACUACAUAUGGCGUAAAACGUCCCGUCCUUCCGGAGUCGGCAUCAGUCCAUGGAACAACCACCUCUACAUCUGCGGCAUGGACAGCCACAGCGUGCUGGUGGUGGAGCGCGCGCAAGCCAAGAUCGUCACCAGGCUCUCCUGUGACGAGAUGCUGUGCCCCGUGCAUAUUGCGUUUAUGAAGAGCUUGGGCGAGAUUUAUGUGACAGAUAAAUGGAAGCAUUGUGUCCACGUGUUCUCAAAGGACGGCGACUACCUCCGGUCUUUAGGUCAGAAGGGCAGCCGGGCUGGCAUGUUCCGAUCGCCAGAGGGCAUAGCGACUGACAACGCUCAACACCACAUUUACGUCGUCGACACUGGGAACGAUAGAGUUCAGGUCAUCGAGACUGACGGAAAAUUCGUAGACCAAUACGGAGUAGCGACCAAACAGCAAGCAAUGCACACAUCUAGCGUUUGGGAGACUAAGGAAAUGUUGUGCACAGAAUUCAACGGACCCACCGCAGUCGCCAUAACCAACGACCGCGUAAUCGUUCUCGACAGUGGAAACCGACGAGUCAAGGUUUAUAAUAAACAAGAUAAGAGCAAAAUCGUAGAGUUCGGCUCGUUAGGGCAAAGAAAAGGGCAAUUCAGACAACCAGAAUGCUUAGCUGUCGAUCCUAUGGGUUUUAUCCUAGUAGGGGAUUCUGGUAACUGUCGCGUACAAGUUUUUAGGCCUAACGGACAAUUGGUAAGGGUAUUCGGAAGGUUGGGCAGUGAACCUGGCAAGUUUGGGUGGAUUUCUGGUAUCUAUGUGACGAAGCAAUUGGAUAUCAUUGUUAGUGAUACGAAGAAUCAUAGCGUUAAUUUCUUUUAGUGUAUGUUGAAACAACAGGUUGAGAUGGCAAUCGGAGUAUGAGGCGGGGAACGCCACGCACACUCGCUCGUCACGCGCGCUAUCUCACACCGGAUUAGCGCGUCCCCUUGAUUGCCAUCUCGACCUGUCGCGAACUAUACAUACCUAGAUAAGAAUACAUACCAGCGAUCCAAGUCAUAUGGAAUGUACCUACUAGAAUGUGAAAAUAUUGUGUUACUAGAAUAACAUUUUGGUGACUGAACUAAAUCCAGUGGUUAAUCCAGUCCACUAAUCCAUACUAAUAUUAUAUACGAAAGUGUCUGUGUGUGUCUGGUAACUGUUCACACCAUCGUGCGUUUAGCCGAUUUUGGCGAAAGGUUACCUACAUUUACUACCUGGGAAUGGGCAAAGACUACUUUUAGACCUGGUAUAUUAAAGAGUUCCUAUGGGAUUUUUUAAAAGCCUAAUUCUACGUGUACCAAAUUGUGGGCAUCAUCUUUUUGGCACAGAGGUAGCUUGCAUCCGUAUACGGCAAUAAUCUACUUUACCCCUAAUUUGUACUUUUUAUCCCAAAAUUGAAGGUUCUUUGAGAUUUUAAACCUAAAUCCACGCUGACGAAGUCGCGGACAUCAUCUUAGCCUGUAAAAUAGUGUUGCGAGCGAAAUUAUCGAUAGUUUCUAAAGAAUAUCGAACUUGGUCUCAUAUCAAUAGCGCUAUUGAUGUUCGAUAGUGUUCUUGAUAUGGUUGAUGUAAAACUAUGAAUAAUUAAACUAUCAAUGGUUCUACAACACUAUUAAAUUUUUUAGAAUACAUUGUAGGUACUCAGGUACUAUGUUUUUUUAAUAUAAAUGAAAACCAACUAGUAUCAAGACC